AUGUCGACCAACGGUAGUGGCACAGGCCCAGAGAAGCCGCAAUACAUUGGCUUCCCUCACCUGGAGCCAGGUACAGUUAUCGAUGGCAAGCAAGCCUUGAACAGAUGGUCGUCUACCCUUACAAGAGACCAUAACUUCCCCGGAGCCCAAGCAAUGUUGUAUGCGGCCGGUGUGCCAAAUCGAGACAUGAUGAAGACUGCCCCACACGUCGGAAUUGCAUCGGUAUGGUGGGAAGGUAACCCUUGCAACACCCACUUGAACAACCUCGGAAAGAUAGUGAAGGACGCGGUUCAAAAACAAGGCAUGCUUGGGUGGCAGUUCAAUACAGUCGGCGUUUCGGAUGGUAUCACAAUGGGUGGAGAGGGCAUGCGAUUCUCGCUCCUAACACGAGAGAUUAUUGCAGAUUCGAUUGAGACUCUUACUUGUGCUCAACAUCAUGACGCUAAUAUCUCGAUCCCGGGAUGUGACAAGAAUAUGCCUGGAGUCGUGAUGGCUGCUGCCAGAUACAAUCGACCGUUCGUAAUGAUUUACGGAGGAACUAUGAAGAAAGGCUUCUCCAAGCUUCUGAACAAGACUGUCAACAUCAGUACAUGUUACGAAGCCUCUGGAGCUUUUGUGUACGGUAGACUUAAGGCUGCCGAGAAUCCUGGCGAAAAGGGCUGUACGCCAAGCGAUGUCAUGGACGACCUCGAACAACACGCUUGUCCAGGUGUAGGAGCAUGCGGAGGAAUGUACACAGCCAACACGAUGUCGACAGCCAUUGAAGCUAUGGGUCUUUGCCUCCCAGGAUCGUCCUCCAACCCAGCAGAGUCGCCAGCCAAGAUGCGAGAAUGUGUCAAAGCAGCUGAAGCCAUUAAGAUCUGUAUGGAGAAGAAUAUCCGGGCUCGGGAUCUGAUGACUAAAGAGUCGUUCGAAAAUGCUCUAGUCAUGACGAUGGCUUUAGGGGGCUCGACAAAUGGUGUCCUUCACUUCCUCGCCAUGGCUGGCACAGCUGAAGUACCCCUGACACUAGAUGACGUCCAAAGAGUCAGCGACAAGAUUCCAUUCUUGGCAGAUCUAGCUCCCAGUGGAAAAUACUUCAUGGAGGACCUCUACAACAUCGGCGGUACCCCUUCGGUGUUAAAGCUCCUAGUCGCAGCAGGCCUCAUGAACGGCAACAUUCUCACCGUCACCGGUAAGACUCUCGCCGAAAACAUCGAACCUUUCCCCUCUCUACGACAAGAUCAAGUAAUCAUCCGACCCAUCUCCAAUCCAAUUAAGUCGAGCGGACAUCUCCAGAUCCUGCGUGGAAACCUUGCACCGGGUGGCGCUGUCGCGAAGAUUACAGGCAAAGAGGGACUGGUGUUUAUCGGUAAGGCCAUGGUGUUCAACAAGGAACAUGAGCUUGAUGCAGCCCUCUUCCAAGGCAAAAUCCCGCGGGGUGAAAACUUGGUCCUGAUUGUGAGAUAUGAGGGUCCAAAGGGAGGACCUGGUAUGCCGGAGCAGUUGAAGGCUUCUGCGGCGAUCAUGGGUGCCGGACUUACGAAUGUGGCGUUGAUUACUGAUGGACGAUACUCUGGUGCCAGCCAUGGCUUUAUCGUGGGACAUAUCGUGCCUGAAGCUGCAGUUGGAGGCCCCAUCGCAGUCGUCCAGGAUGGCGACAUUGUCACCAUCUCAGCGGAGACAAACACCCUCAGUAUGGACGUCAGUGACGCAGAGGUCGCAGAACGCUUGAAGGCAUGGAAGCCCCCCAAGAGUCAAGUAAAUCGUGGAGUACUUGCGAAGUAUCAGAAGCUCGUAGGUGAUGCUUCUCAUGGGGCAAUGACUGAUCUGUUUUGA